CAUGAGCAGCUUCGGGGGAAGGAUGCGGGAGUACCCGUCGGUCUCUAUAGACCGAUUCGAUCGAGACAACCUCCGAGCCCGGGCUUACUUCCUGUCCCAUUGCCACAAGGAUCACAUGAAAGGGCUCAGAGCUCCUGCAAUGAAAAGAAGGCUAGCAUGCAGCCUGAAAGUUUGUUUGUACUGUUCUCCUGUGACAAGGGAAUUACUACUGACUAAUCCAAAAUAUAAAUUUUGGGAGAACCACAUUGUUUCUCUGGAAGUUGAAACACCGACUCAGAUUUCUCUUGUUGAGGAAGCUUCUGGUGAGAAAGAAGACAUAGUGGUGACACUGCUGCCAGCCGGCCACUGCCCAGGAUCAGUCAUGUUUCUGUUUCAAGGUGGAAACGGCACUGUGCUGUACACGGGGGACUUCAGGCUUGCAAAAGGAGAAGCCGCCAGAAUGGAACUUUUGCAUUCAGGGAACAGAGUGAAAGACAUCCAGAGCGUGUAUUUAGAUACCACUUUCUGCGAUCCCAAAUUUUAUCAGAUACCAAGCAGGGAGGAAUGUAUGAAGGGCAUCUUAGAGCUGGUGCGCAGCUGGAUCACUCUGAGUCUCUAUCAUGUGGUCUGGUUGAACUGCAAAGCAGCUUAUGGCUAUGAAUAUUUAUUCACGAACUUAAGUGAGGAGCUUGGUGUCCGGGUACAUGUGAACAGAUUGGACAUGUUUAAAAACAUGCCCGAAAUCAUCUCCCAUGUGACCUCGGAUCGGCACACUCAGAUCCAUGCCUGUCGCCAUCCACGGGAUGACGAAUUGUUUCGAGGGAACAGGCUGCCCUGUGGGAUGAUUUCCCGGGAUGGGAGGCGCCUGCACAUCAUCAGCAUCAAGCCGUCGACAAUGUGGUUUGGAGAAAGAACAAGGAAGACAAAUGUAAUAGCCAGGACUGGGGAGAGUUCAUACAGAGCUUGCUUUUCAUUCCACUCUUCUUACAGUGAGAUCCAGGACUUUCUGAACUACAUUCGGCCAGUGAAUGUGUAUCCCAAUGUAAUUCCAGUGGGGACAACUGAGGACAAAGUGAUAGAAAUCUUAAAGCCAUCCUGCAGAUCAUACAGCAAAAACCAUGAGCUCAGCUACAAGCCACUUGGAGCACUGAAGAGAUCCAAAGCAGUGGACUUGGCUGACAUGGAUGGUGGUGAUGAACUGUUUGAUACAGAAUUGAUUCCUAUUAGACACAAGAUUCCAAAACUGGAGCUAGAGACUAUGCAGAAUCGGCAGCUUCCUCCUGAAAACUCUCAGGGGGACACUAAGGAAACAAGCUACAAGGCAACCUCCAUGCCUACAUCUUUCCAGGUGGAUUUUGUAGAGUGUGAGGAAUCCAAUGGUGAAGAGGAGGAGGAGGACGAGGACGAGGAAACUGGGGAAGAGAGAACUCAAGCUGAUGUUCUGCCCCAUCCUGUGGACUGUAUUGCUGCACUGAAAGACCUGGAAAGACUGCGUCCUUUAGAGCCUGCCUGUGAACAAAGAGGAGCCCAGCAGCAGUCUAACAAGGAGCUACCAAAGUGGGAUGCCUUCUUUAAGCGGAUUGUGGAGGAACCGGAAGCCUCUGAACAUGAAGACUGCUGCUUGCCCACCACAGACUCAGGCGAGCCCCAAUCCCCCUAUCUGUUCAGCGACGAGGAAGAAUUCAGCGACUCAACUCAUAUCUCUUCCCAAACCUCUUCUCAGUCAACCCACAUAUCUGAACAAGGUAGUCAGGGCUGGGACAGCCAGGUGGAUACCGUUUUCAUCCCCUCCCAAGAGCAAAAGCUUGACUUUAGCCCUCUGAAGAGGGCAGAAGGCAGAGCAAUGUUCUACACACCUCAUCUCCCUCCUGGGGAAAAUAGAACAGACAAACAGAGUUGCAAGCCUUCGGAGCACGGCACGUCUUGUACCAAGAACUUUAAUGCUGAAUACAAAACCAGAGCCCAUGAAGGAACUGCGGCAGUGCCUAUUCUGAGAGACUCUGUGCAACUUCAGUCAAUUUGUGAGAGGAGGAGCCUCCAAGAGAAGUCAGCAGCGCUCAGUCCUGAGGCCCACACAGGCUCUCAGACGUCUGGCUUUGAAAUCCCUUCUAGCCCUGACACAAAGGUCCCGAAACCAGACAAACCGUGUAGCUUAUACACUGCACUGGCCAGAGGGGAAGCGCUGCACUGA